ACUCAUACUCAACUUUACCAAUUAGCAGUCACAAAAUGGAUGGUGCUUAUCAGCAAGACAUUGAGCUACUGGAAAAGGCUUUCCUCAUGUUUGGUUUGGCAGCUGAUGACCGAGAAGUGGAAAGAUUAAUAAAAGCUUUCUUGGUUCCUGUUACUUUGAAAAUGAAUUCAAAAUUUAAACCAGUUCAAGACAAGGCCAUGGAAUUAUUAAGUCACAUUACAAAGAGGCUACAAACUCGUUCUCAAGUGCAACUACCAAUUAUUGUAUUGAUUGAACAACUUGAUGGUGCUACUCCUAUUGUUCAAAAUUUCAUAUUAGUAUAUUUGAGAAUAGGGAUACCUAGAUUGAGUCCUGUUAAUCAAAUUGAAAUGUUACCUUUAUUAAUUAAAUCAAUGAAUGACAAGACAAAGAAACAAAUUGAUAGUAUACUCUUGCUAUAUUCUGGAGCACUGAUUCAUUUGACUAUCACUGAUGCAGCUGCAUUAAAGUCACUGGUCCCUCCUGAUGGAACCAUGAAAGAAUAUUAUCUCUGUUAUCAAUUAACAUUGUUAUUAAUACCAUACAGCUGUCAUGCUUGGUAUAAAUUUGAUUUUCCCUGA